UAUCUAAUAAUAAUAUGUAUGGCACGUGGAAUUUCGACAUUUUCUUCAAUUUUUUAUUUACAUGCCUUCAAUAUGAUGUUGAGAACAUAAAUAUUGAAACUGAAUACGAACAUAUUACAAAUUCAAUAGAGGUAAAUUAUAACACAUCAUAUAAUCUAAUUUAAUAUAUUCAUAUAUCAAUAUAUGAAAAGAUUAUAUUAAUUAUAAUUAUUUAUUACUUAAGCUAUUACAUUAUUUUAAAAAUUGCUUGUGUGACAAGAUAUCGAUUGAAUUUUACUAUUAUAUUUCCACAGAUUAGUUCUAAUGUGAAUCGAUCUAAAAUGAUGAAACGAUUAGAAAGGCCAAAAAAGAUUAAAUUUGCUGUUGGAAUAAUUGUAACACAUUAUACAUGGCACGAUUAUCAUUAUAAUGGCUGUAAUAAUCAUGACAGCGUUAUUAUUGGAUGGCAUCGUGAAUGUGACAAAAUGUUCUGAACCAGAUUGAAGGAGACUAAUAUGUGCCCAUAUUUACGUAAAUCCAACGGAUAUCAUUAUCACAUCUGUGGAUGUCAUCGAUUUUCAACCAAUGCCGAUCAACCGCACUACCUCCUUCUCACCGAGAAUAAUAGCAUAUGUUAUGUGCCACAAGAUCAACUAUUGAUACGUCCACCAAAAAAAAUCAAUAAUAUAGAAAUUGGAAGAUAUUUCACUAGAUUCGAAGGCACUUAUUACGUACCGAAUAAAAGCUUAAGAGAACAUUAUCCAAACGACACCGCUGCAAUAGCCAAAAUACUUGCCAAGUAGUUUUUAUUAUCUUAAAUUGUACAACUUAUAAUUUAAUAUAGAUUGCAGAAUAUUUUCGAAAACAUCUAUUGACAUUUUUCUCAAAAAUGUUUUAUUUUCGAGAUUUCGAGAGUUGUUUUUCGUAACACUUUUGGCAAAAAUAUAUUUCUCAAUUUAGCUCU